AUGGCGGCCUCAACGCCACGCAGCUGGAAAGGCUGCGAGAUGCGGGCGCUAGUGGUGACGCUGGCGGUACUGCUAACACUGGCUUCACUGCCCCUCGCCUUAUCUCAUGGCCACAAGACCUCUCGAAUUGUCUCAACAGCGGCUGAUAACGAGGACGGCUUACCAGACGGCGCCAGGUGUACGCUCAACGCCAACCACCAACCUAUCGGCCUUCCCUGCGCCUCCAGCUCCUUCCAUUGCGUGGUAACGCGUGUUCCUACACCCGCGAGCGCCGUCUUCACCGGUUUCUGCAACUCUUCUUACGCCCUGGGUUCUCAUUGCAUGUACACGAGUCAGCCGUACGCCGUGGGCACGCAGGGAAUCAAGGGCAAUCCGGCCUGCGCGCGCUGCACCUGCACCAACCACCCCGAGAAGGCCCAGGAGGUGGCCGCCGUCGCCGCCGCCGCUGCUGACUACGCCGCCUCCAUAAACAGUAUUGAGGGAUGGCGCUUAGCGGGGACUCGGGGGGGAGCAGGUGGGAGGAGCGGUGUUGGUAGCUUGAUUGGGGUGAACACGGCGGAGUGCGACUGCGAGGACGUUGGGCCGUGCUACGUGGACUGGCAGGGCGACCUGGUGAAGGGCCCCAAGGGAAACGGCAUCAUCUGCCCCGAGACCCGAAGGUGCAUGAUUCACACUGUGGGCGGUGGAGGACAGGACAACGAUGGCCGGCCAGUGGACCAGGGCACGUGCGAAGGGUUUGGCGAGGAGGCGGUGUGUGUGGCGGCGGGGAAGAGCUGGGGUCCCAAGUUUUACGUCGAAGGGACGGACGGCGUGCCAGGCCCCAGGGGGCGCUGUGAGCAGUGCACAUGCGGAGAGAACGGCGCACUGCUCGCUUGCAACCAGCUUCUCCCCGCCAUGGAAGGCCAGCAGGCUGACGAGGACACGCCUCAGGCUGGCUCAGAUGAGCCACCGUUACCGCCGAAAGCCACGGAGCCACGCUCGGGGCUUGAUUUUCUUAGAGGUUCCGCUGCUCCAGUAACACCGGAUCCACCUAGGUCUACCGUAGAUGAUUCUGCAGUUAAAGACACGCCCACGGCCACACCUGAAGAGUCUCCCCGGGAGGCCGCCUUCACUAUACCCCCGGCUGUUGCUUCUUGCAGCAAAGAUCCCCAACCGACCGCGCCAAGUCCCACACCAAGCACCGUGCGGGUGUCCGUUGGUCCUCCGUCGGCUACCUCCACACCGAAGAGAGCGCGUUCAGGGAAGUGGGCGCAGCAUACCCUGCUCGUCGGAGGCCGCCGACUUUCUGCUUCGAACACUCCGGCUGAUCCACCACCUGCUGCAUCUGCACCGCCAGAGGAAGAUGUGUUCCCGAUCCGCGCUUACACCGGCUCGCCCGCCCUCACCAAGGCGCAGUUGUGGGAGCAGAUGUUCCUGGAGGCCAGCAUCAUGUACGAUACGAGGUGGUCGGGACAGUUCUCCUGGCUUGUGUUCGGAAAAACCAAGGAUGGGUUUCCCUAUGUGAAGUGCAGUGUCUGCAUGGCCUACGGGAAGGAGAACACGAGGCACGCGAGGCAGGGUGAUGACGGAGGCCGUGACAUGCAGACGCAGGCGUAUCGCGCACACGAGCACACGGACGCGCACAAAGCGGCUGCUGACCGGCAGCUGAAGAUUGCGAGAGGCAUCCGCGAGGGGCAGCAAGUGAUUUCGAACUUCAUCAACUCGGACGUCGAGGGCAGGCGCGCCGUCCGAUUGUUGCGGGAGGCGCUGGCUGUUAAGGAUGCGGCGACGUCCAACCCCGACCUCGGCAUGGUGGACAAGGUGGUGCGCACCGUGGCGGCAAAACUAGGAGAUUCUUCAGUCUGGAGCCAACGGUUCAAGUACCUGCAGCGUGUGAUCUACAACACUAUCCUCGAAGUCCAGGGGAUCCACACGGAGCGGAGUCACAAGGUGUACGAGAUCGUCACGUGCUACAAGUUCCAGUUUUGCCUGUUCUUCCUCGCCGACAUCCUCGCCGACAUGAACGACCUCAACCGCUGUUUCCAGAAGCGAGAUAUUGAUGUGACGGAGAUUGCGAAGACCAUCGAGGCCACCACGGCGGAUCUGACUGAGCGGUAUUUGGAUACCGACAAGCAGUUCGGUGGCGAGGGCAAGUGCUGGCUGGUCGGCUUUCUGAAGCUGCACGGGCAUGGUGGAGGCAAGAAGGUCCGUGUGAGAGGCGUGGACGGGGAGGGACGCCCAGUGAACCAACUGUACACCAUGCACGAGCGGAAGCUCCCGGGGCACAAGGUGGGGAGCGGAUACGAGGAGUGCGUGAAGCUGUGCCGAAGUUUCGCCCGCGAUUGCGUGGACAAUCUCAACGAGCGGCUUGAUGACCUGGGGAAGCUGGGGCCGACGAAGCUGUUUCGGGCCGGAAAGUGGCCGAAGAUCAAGGCACAACGGGAGAAGAAGUGCCGUGAGUGGCUUCUGGGAUGCAGCAAACUCUUCCGCCACAAGCUGCCGGGAUUCGACCUCAAGGCCGCAGAGAGGGAGCUUCCCACAUUCUGUGCGAUCAUGGAGGCGCACCACGAGCUGGAAAGCUUCACGCAGGGAGUGACCAACAUUCUCGGGAGCGCGGACUCGAAGAGGUCUAUGAGGAGGAGGCGCCCUGCAAAGAACGUGAAGCUUGCUGUGGCUGAUCGCGAAAGGAGGGGGAAAGCAAAGGAGGGUGAAGUCGAAGCAGGAGCUGCCCACCAGAACGAUGGGGAGGAGGACGAGGAGGAGGAGGUGGAUGUGGAACAGGCCCUGGGCCUGGGCGACGAUCAGGAGCUUGUGGGGGAGGAGGAGGAGGAGGACAAUCCCUUCCUUUCGGACGAUGAGGAUGUGGAGGAAGUGUUCCACAUCGAUAGGCCAGUGCACUAG